GUCAUCUGCUUCCUGUCACAUGCUAGCCGUCGCUGUGCUGCUGGGGACUGCGAAGGCGUUCGCGAGCCAGGUGUCUCUCCGCCAGGUGUCUCUCCGUCAGGUUUUGUGUGGAGUUUCCGUCCAGCUCCCGCGCCCCCUCCUCGGCGUCUCUGUGUGUCCGGGACCCCCAAACCCAGGACGGGCACCCUCAUCCCGGAUUGAUUCGUCGCUCCCCCCUUACACCCCACACCCCCUCUUCCACAGUCAGAGCAGGAAAUGGCACACAGCAGCGGAGGCUUCUUCAUGCUCCAGUCAGACGACAGCAACGUCUGUGGCCUCACUGUGGAAUCCUGCGGCCGCAGUGAGUUUGAGACCUUCCUGGAACUGCCGCACUGCCUGCCGGGUGAUGGCUGGGACAAGGGACCUCACAUGAGCCUGCAAGAUGAGGGGUCCUACAGGGGCCUGCAAGAUGAGGGUCCCUACAGGCGCCGGCAGAGUGAGGAGCCCUACAGGGGCCUGCAGAGUGAGGAGCCCUACAGGGGUCUACAAGAUGAGAGGCCCUACAGGGGCUUGCAAGAUGAGGGACCCUACAGGGGUCAGCAAGAUGAGGGGUCCUACAGGCGACAGCAGGACCACUUCCCUGUACGUGAUCGGGACCCCAACCUGCCCCUCAGAAACCUGCCCUUGUCCAUGCAGGAGAAGAGGAAGACCAGGGAUCGACGGCAGCAGCAGAGGCUCAGCAUUGGCUGCUGGGAGUCUUGGUGGCAGAGCCAGCGCAUCGCAAGGAGGCGGUUGCGGGAGCAGGUUGUCAGGACGAUGUGUGGACUGCAGCCCUGGAGGAAGGCCUUACACACCAUCGAGGGUAAAUUUGGUGUCGGGGUGAAGGCAUACUUCACCUUUCUGCGCUACCUGCUGUACCUGAACCUGAUACACUGUCUCGUCAUUAGCGGUUUGGCCCUCACACCUGUACUGUCCGGGAAACACAACUUAACACAUGGUUUCAUAGACACCGACUCUGUGUUGGAUCUGUUUUUGCUGACGGGCUUUGUGGACCGUUCCCCGGUCUUCUACAGGUUCUACUCUCCCGUCUUUCUGGACUUGCCAUGCCGAAGCUCACCCCUACUCUUCCUCCUGGCCAUUGCCUCCCUCCUCACCCUCAGCAUCAUCAUGGUGGUACGAAGGACAGUGAUUGGCUACAAGCACACGUGGAUGCUGGGAAGGCGCUACAACCAUCACUUUAGCUACAAGGUGUUCUGUGGCUGGGACUUCUGCACCCAAGUCCCUGAAUCAGCUGUGCUCCAGCACAGCUUAAUCCGAAACGACAUCAAGCUGGUUCUGGAGGAGGAGCGUUUUCACCAGCACGUAUCCCAGAGGACGUUCAGGCAGCGGGUGCAGCUUUACUUUGUGCGUGCGGUACUCAACUUCCUGGUCAUCGUGCUGCUCAGUGCUUCCUUCUACCUCAUCUACUAUGUCACCCUUGAGAGCUCAAAGACAAAGUAUGGGCUGCUAACGAUUAUGAGCCACCAACUAGUAUGGGCUACUAACGAGCAUGUCUCUCUCUCUCUCUUUCUGUUUCUCUCUCUCUCUCCCUCUCAGAAACCCAAGCUUAGUCUGCUGGUUGAGUACCUCACUCCCAUCACCAUCACCAUGGUGAACUUCCUGCUGCCCCACCUGUUCCGCAGAAUCUCUGGCUUUGAGGAUUACUCCCUCACCGUCCAGGUCAACAUCACCUUGGUCAGGAGCAUCAUCCUCAAGCUCGCCUGUUUGGCCAUCUUCCUCUACUCCCUCCAGCAAAGCAUCUGGGGAUGCUGGCCGCCCAAAGUUAACUGUUCUUCAGCUACGGACAACUCACAGAAUUCCUCACAGCAUCUUCCACAGUGUUGGGAGAAUCAGUUUGGGAAGGAGAUGUACAAGCUGUGGCUGCUGUUUGUGCUGUUCCGUUGCUGUGAGCCUGCUCAGAAAAUGUUCCGGGGAUCUCAGUCCUCAGUCUGGUUCCACUUCACCCUGCUGCUGGGCCUACUGCUGACUGUGGUGACGCUGGGCAUCAACGCCAACACGUACCCCCCCUCUUCCGACUGUGGCCCUUUUGCGGGCAACCUCACCCUCUUCAACAUAACGGAGAACUGUGUGCAGAUCCUGCCUGACUUCGCCCAGAAAGCCCUGCGGUUCUUCAUUUCGAAAGCCUUCGCCCUGCUCCUCAUCUUUGUGGAAAUCGUCUUCCUCACCUCCUUUGUGUCCCAGGGAAGAGCAAACCGCAGAGCCAUCGAGGGACUGAAGGACAUUCUGGUCAUGUGCAGUGCAGAUAAACGCUUUCUGGUGAAGAAGCACUCCGCCUGCCUCAGGACCCUGAAGACCAGCCUUUCUGAAGGCAACGGUGAAGACGCCCGUCGCAUGGAGGCGGUGGACCCCUCAGAGAUCCAGCCCCCUUUUACGAGGAGCACCAGUGCUCCCUGUGGGGAUGUGGCCUUCCAGCAAGGAGGCGUGGCCUUCCUGACCGGAGCGAAGCCUUUAUGAGAGGGGUGGUUCACCUCAGUACGUUUAUACCGUAUGAUGGUGAAAGUAAGGGGCUUGUUUAGAAUUCAUCAUGGGUUUUUCUGGCAUAUAAAGAGUUGCAUUAUUUGAAGCUAGUUAUAGUUCUCUGGCUCAGGGACACAUUCCAUUUGCUUAUGUCCAGAGGUGGGUAGUAACGCGUUAUAUUUACUCCGUUACAUUUACUUAAGUAACUUUUUGAAUAAAUUGUACUUGUAAGAGUAGUUUUAAUGCAACAUACUUUUCACUUUUACUCGAGUAUAUUUGCGAAGAAAAAAUGUUACUUUUACUCCGUUAUAUUCGGCUACAUUCCGCUCGUUACUUUUAUUUUUUACCCAUUUUUUAUUCAACGCACGUUCUGUUUGUUUCUUUCUCUCAGAGAGACUUCAGCCAAAGAGGCUGACUGGUCUUUGCUUUGGCGCUGUCAUAGCCCCACAUGACUCUGUUUCACCAAUCAAACGUAGCCAGUCACAGCACACAGAAGAAUGAUUGGGCGACAACAAUUGGCUGAAACAACGGCGGGUGAUUCGUAGGAGCCAGAACACCCCUGGCCUCACGUUCAAACUAUGUUUUACUUACAGACUACCAAAAACAGUAGUUACAUUAUGCACUGCCUUCUUUGUCUGCCUAGAAAUGUAGACAUUUCAGCCUACAAGAACUCACCUUCGAACUUGAGAAAAUAUGUGGCGGUAAGUUGUAGGUUAGUUUUGGCUGUGGAUAGCUAACUAUUUGACUGAGUGGUCAUUUAUUGUCUUGGACAAUCCGUUUGUGAAAUAUAAGCGCAUUCGUGACGCCUGGGUAUCUUCCAAAAUAGCUGCGCGUAAUACCACACCUGUUGUUUACGUCGUUGUCGCCCUUUUUAGUACAGUCUGGCUUGAUUGACAAUUCAUUUAUCCAGUAAGUGAGAGUAUAAGCUUUCUAACGAUGUAUAACGUGUCUAAUUUUGCUUUUGGAAUAGCGUUUUUUAGGUCAGCGUAACCGAAAUGUUUCUUAUCAUCGCAUUCACUUAUGCAUUCACUCACGAAACGUGGUCAACUAUUAUUCGUAAUUUCUUGGGAAAUACUAUUAUUAUUGAGGACUUCUGGGCAUAGCUAAGCCGCAUGUUUGCUGAUAGACAUAGCUGACAUCGUUUUCUGGAGCAAAACAGAAGCGGAUUGAACUGUAUUGUUGAUUUACUGUCUCUGUCUCCAUCUACUGAACACAGAUAAGAUUUCAUCAUUGCUAUGUAAGUAGGCUAUUAUUGUUCAAAAUACUUCGGUUAUAUACGUUAUUUUUGAAAUUGAGUGUGUUUAAAUAGGUUACUGGUAUUAAUGUGGAUAUUUCACACUGUAAUGUAAGCGUUAAUUAGUAGUGUAAUAGUUUUUGUGAAGCAUGCAACAGUCAUGACGUGAGCGCUGGAACAUUGCAUAGCAUUGCAUAGCAUACAUGAAGUUCGUUUACGCUAAACCGGAAGUUCUGCACAUAUUCCGCGCAAGGCAUCAUGGGACUUUGGAAUAUUGUGGAUAAGUGCAUCAUAAGGUACAAUAAUGGUGCGACAAAGCAUUAGGUUUUCCACAUAUAAAGUUUCUGUUUGAAUUUGAGCAGGCUCCUCUUUGUUGUGAUGAUGAGUCUAUUUUAAUGGAUAAAUCCCCUGUAGCCUCAUUGAUAUUUUUUCUGUCAACGGAGGGUUCACCCCAACAAACUGAUGAGGUAUAUAGACUUAAUAGAGUACAACAGAAAGCGAAAAUCCUCCUCUUCUGACGAACCUCCUGUGUAUUGUUUUAUUUAAAGGGACAUGAUUUAGGCCAUAUUUGAAUUUGCACAUGGCUAUUUUAUAUUUUGUUUAUUUCUAUUGGACAAGCAUUUACAAUUUUAUAUUUUGGACAUUUGGAUUUUUACGUCCAUCUUGCUCUGCUUAUUUCAACAUUAAAUCAGAUUAUAUGAAGUAACUCAGUACUUGAGUAGUCUUUUCACAAGAUACUUUCUUACUCUUACUCAAGUAAUUAUUUGGAUGACUACUUUUACUUCUACUUGAGUCAUUAUUAUUUUAAAGUAACAAUACUUUUACUUGAGUACAGUUUUUGGCUACUCUACCCACCUCUGCUUAUGUCAUCCAUCCUUUUCUCUUCGGUCCAUGCCUGACCCGGAAAUCAAUUGAGGGCCGCCAGCUUUAAGGACCUUCCAACCUGUUAAAUGCUUUGGAAGAGUGAGGAGGCACCUGGAGGAUGCUUCAGUGAUCAUACUUCCUUUUGCGGAAGUAAGAUCAACAUGUGGAUCCACCUAUCUCCAUCUGCCAACUGACGUGGCUUCAAUCUGAAGCUACGCUGAACAAGGAAGAUCCAUAAUACGUGGUGAAAACCUACAGGACGGUAGAUCUCCAGAAACAGGGUUGGCCAGCCAGCUGUUGAGUGAGGUGUGCUUUGUUAGGGUUGGACUAUUAACCUACAGGAUGGUAGAUCACCAGGAACAGGGCUGGGCAGCACUGCUCUAGCUGUUGAGUGAGGUGUGCUUUGUUAGGGAUGGACUAUUAACCUACAGGAUGGUAGAUCACCAGGAACAGGGCUGGGCAGCCCUGCUCUAGCUGUUGAGUGAGGUGUGCUUUGUUAGGGUUGGAGUGAAGAUCUACGAGGUGGUAGAUCUCCAGGAGCAGGGUUGGAAACCAUGGAUAUGCUACUUCCUGUUUCAUUGUGUUACUGCAGUUCUCUGCAGUUUGAUCUCUCCCAUCUUAAUCGACUUACUAUUUGUCUAAAAGUGGCAGUGUAUGGAUUUUGAUUGUGUUUCCUUAUUAGAUUUUUAUUAAAACAAUGUGCUUCUUUGAAAUGUGCAUAUAAGCCAUAUAAUGUAUUAUUGUUUAUAUUUGUUAAAUAAAAGAACUAAAAACA